AUAUACAGGGAGAAGGGUUUUAGAUGGUAGUGUGGGAGAGAGUGGCAACGAAAACAAAAAUAAAAAAAUUUCUCACACACAUUGAUCUAGCUUAAUUAACUAGUGACGGACAACCAUGGUUUCUGCAGAUGCUAUUCGAACUGUGGUCGGUAUCAUGGGAAACUUCAUCGCACUCACUCUGUUCCUCUCACCAGUGCAAACCUUCGUUCGAAUUUGGAAAAAAGGGUCAGUGGAGCAAUACUCACCAGUUCCAUACCUUGCAACCCUAUUUAACUGCAUGGCAUGGGCCCUUUACGGAUUGCCUAUGGUGCACCCGCACAGUAUUCUAUUGCUGACCAUCAAUACCACUGCAGUUUUCAUUGAGCUUUCCUUUGUCAUCAUCUUCCUCAUCUACGCAUCUGACAAGAAGCAGAGGCUCAGAGUGUUUCUCGUGCUGCUUUCGGAGCUCGUUUUCAUGGUUCUUCUGGCCUUUCUUGUUAUCAAAUUGGCCCACACAUACAGCAAGAGGUCACUAAUUGUUGGCCUAGUUUGCGUUCUAGGUAACAUCGUGAUGUAUGCUUCACCUCUAUCUGUCAUGAAAUUGGUGAUUACGACAAAGAGUGUGGAAUACAUGCCCUUUUUCCUCUCAUUGUUUACCUUUCUCAAUAGCGUUGCCUGGUUCACAUAUGCUCAGUUCCGUUUUGACAUUUACUUGACUAUUCCGAAUGGGCUGGGCUUACUUUUUGGAUCAGCUCAACUGCUUCUCUAUGCUACAUACUACAAGAACACAAAGAGACUGAUGGCAGAAAGGAAAGCCAGACAAUUGUGUUUGACUGAGGUGGUUUCCGACAGAGAUGAAACCAAAAAGACUGGCAGCACUCAUCAGAACGGCCAGCUUCCCGCUCAGAACAACGGGACAUGAUCAACCCCACCAUCGAAGUCUGCUGUUUGAUAAGUCGAACAAGCAGGGACCCCGUCAAAGAUCUACAAGUUUUAGUUCGUCUACACUACGUUACAAAAUAUUGUACAAAUAGUUGGAUUUCAUGAUGCAUGCGUACAAGACCAAGAGUCCCGUACACAUGUCAUAUUAUGGCAUGAGUGAACUUUAUACUUAUGCCAUAUGAACUAGUACUUUUUCAUAAUUGUAUGCAACCAUUUCAAACCAUCAAUGAUCCAAUUUGUUUUGCGACUGAA